ACAUCAAACAGGUUUAUCAAUUUUUCGUUAAAAUUUUGGCGAUUUUAUGAUGUAAUUAAUUACGACUGAGUCAUUUACCGUAACUUUGAACCUGUUAUAUAAAUCAAUAUCUAUUCACAGUCGCAAUUUUACUUUCUAUGAGUAGAUUUCGUCAACAUCUUGUACGUUUUUUUCUCAACCUUGACCAUGAAAAGGUAUUCGAGUAAGGAAGAACCACUCGGAAAAAUUUGAUGAACAUGGACAGCUUGAUUGUCUAUACGAUUGCAGCAUGCGUAUUUUAUGGUACCAUUGCUUGGGUUCUACCCAAAGUUUUGAGCUGGAUUAUCAAGAGGAAAUACCACAUAGAAGCCCAAAUCGGCAGAAUCAGCUUUCCAUAUUUCACUUUACACGAUGUUUUAAUCAAGAAAAAUGGAUUUUCGAUUCACAUCGACAAAAUUGGGUUUCGUAGCAGUUUUUUAAGCAGCGAAGUAUCGAAACUUUUAUGCUUGGUCAUAUGCGAUGUACGUGUGAACAAAGAUGUCACCUCUAAUUCUUCCGAUGAUUUCGAUCAACAAGUUGAAAGCGUUUUGCGUCGUAACGAUAUCUCAUUUCAUAAUCAAAAAAUUCCCCCCGUGAUCAUCACUUUUGCCCAAUUUUUAGCCAUUCAUAUACGCAGCAUUACAGCUAUGUUGUUGAGACCAGAAUCACCAGAGUGGCUUCUACAUGCGUCUGCCAAUGACGUACAAUUGGACGGAUCUCUGGUGCGAAGUGCUCGAACAUUGUUAGUAAAUGUUACAAUGACCUCUGCAAGUGCGAAAUUACUCAGACACGCGCCUACAUCUGUCGGCACCAGACCUACAAAUCCUAUUAAAACGCAAUUCGCAACUUGCCUCGCUGAAGUUUCGGUAUCGCUUGGCAUGGAGUUGACUUUAUUAGCUCAGGGGCCAUUUUCUGUAGAGAAAUUAUGUAUCGCUUUGGAAAAUAUGAAAGCCGUAAUCAACGAUGGUUUUUAUGGGUUUGUCGAGCAAAGAUAUCAAAAUAUAACUGGAGUACCAAAUAGAAACAUAUCUGCUAAGAGGUUCACCGAUAUCUCCGAAGCUUACGAAUUACUUCAUAAUCUAUCUCCCAUCAUUCCAAAAAUUGCAUUGCUAAAAAUGAAAAAAUCAAUAUUGACCGGAAUGAAGGAUAAUAUAAAUACAGAAAUGAAUGCUAUGUUUCAAAAAUUUCAAAUCAAGACUUGUUUCAUUCCAAAUAUAUCAGCUUAUCGAGAAUUCAAUGAAAAAUCAUCGUGGCCUCAUCUUGCAGUGGAUGUUAUGAUCGAUGGAGUAGAUAUUAGAAGCAGUAAAGAGAAGAUUCUAAAUUUACAAGAGCUUAAAUUUGAUGCAAAAAUGGAGAAAAAAUUUAUGGCAGUAAGUGCAUCUCUGAAUACAUUCUCUUUCUUAUACAAUCACAAAGAAAUACACCAUUGGCUGACUACUAAUUUUGGUUAUUUAUCUUCUACGAAUUCGACAAACACUUCUAGUCCAUUGAAGAAAAAAAAUACUCUAGGCAAACGAUGGUUCGAUUAUUUCAACAUCCAAAUCGAAAUACAGUUGUGUAACGUAACAACAUUGAUAAAACUAUCCUCCGAUUUCUUAUUAGGCUUUAAUAAUGUUAAGUUCCUAUUAAACUGUGAUACUGUUUGUGAUGAUGAGAGAGGCGACGUUUUUAAUACAAAUAAAUAUUACUCUCAGUUACCGUUGAAUUUACGUCAGAAAAAUUGGUCCUGCGAAUUUCAAUUGGAUUCAAUUUGGGCAGAUUUGAAUUACGAUCACGGCGUGGUUGGAUUGCCGCAAUUCCAAAAAUAUCAUUAUUGGGGUACUCCUCUUUGGCUCGGAGCUGCGUUGAUUAAAAUGAAAGGCUGCUUACCUCCGAAAACACCUCGUUUGCAAGUUAUGUUCGAUAACGUGCAAUUGGAGUGGAGUCCUCCGCUAUCUAGUUUUUUAAAUCAAGUGUAUAGUUGCUGUUGUGAUUAUCGAUUAGUGAAAAUGCCUGUGACGAAAGACAAAUCCAAGUUGAGAUUAGAAAAUCCGGAUGCAAUUUCCGCAGUCGCUUGUAGCGUCAGUGUCGCCAAUGUGAAUUUAUUUCUCAUCGCUGAUAAAAAAAUUUGCAUUGCUGUGCGCAUUGAUUCUAUUUCUUUCAUGAGUGAUGCUUCCAAAUUAUCUUCUGCGUUUGAAGGAGUGAAAAUGGCUUCCAUUAUUCCCACAAAGCAUCAUUUUGUUUGUGUUAAAUCUGAAGAUGUGAAAAAUGCUUGUUUUUCUUUGAAAUCUGCAAUAUUCGAGUGGAGAAACCAGAAUAAAAAAAUUGAAUUGACUGAUGAAAUUGAUUUUUGUUGGAGCACCAAUCUGCACCUGAAGCUGUUGACCUUGUACUCUGAUAUGAAAGAAACUUAUUAUCGAAUUGCAGGUCCAUCGGAAAUCAAACAUUUUAACAACGAAGAAAACACCACCCAGCCAUCUGCAUCUUAUUUGAAAAUCACUGUAAGAGGAAAAUGUCGCAUCGGAGUAAAAAUAUCAUCAAACCAGCAAAUAUUAUUUUCCAGUGAAAGCAUCGUGCUGCGAAAAAAUGUCUCUCAGCUGCGACUGGAAUGCCCCUCUUUUAGAAUAGCUGUUGAUAACCACAACAUUUUUACCGUUGAUGGCUUCCUCUUGAUUCGUUUACUAGAUAGUGAAAUUUUGAAGGCCGAACGAUCAAACGCCGAAGGAUUUGUAUUGGCUACGAAUACUGUUUGGGAAGUGAAUAUAUCUUCAUUGAAAGCAGUAUUUCCCUACGAGCAUAAUUUCUGCGUGACAUUUCACAGCGAAUUUCUCACCAUUGUCAAAUGGCUCAGACUUCUUCAUAAAAAGAGCAAAAAUGCGAACAAGAUGUUACCAGGCGAUAUUAUCUUCAAGGUGAAAGAUUUUCUAUUUGAAAUGAGCGACGAUCCAUUUGAAGUGAGCUUACGUGAUAAUUACGAACUAUUGGCUGACGAGUACGAAGAAAGCAUUAAACGUGAAAAAAUGCUCGACGAGAGGCUUGCUAAAAUGUACAAAGAAAAGCCAUUUUUACCUGCUGGAAAAGUCGAAGAAUUGCACGCAUCUUUACAAAAGAUAAACGCUCAGAUAUACGUACAAAGAUCAAAACAAAUGAAAUUACAAGCGCCAAUUCGAACCAGGCUUUUCGCUUGGUUGAUAACAGACUUGGAAAUUAAUUUUAUGGCUGAUCCUUCCAUCAUGGGAAACGAAAACGUGGUUCGAAUUUUAGCCGAAAUUGAUCCAGAAAGCCCAUGGCCAAUAGACGGUAUAGAAUUUACGACUCUGUGGUGCAGAUUUAUCGCAGCUAGUUGCAAAGAGUGGAAAUUCCAAUUGCGAGACUUUCCUCAGCCUUGGGUCGAUAUAGGAGAGUUACAUUUAUGGGGAAAACUGGUAGGCGCUGAGCAAGAAGCCACAAAAAGAGCAAAACGAGAUGCUGUUAUUGAACUCGGAGAUCCUUAUGGUGAAGUAACCAUCGAAAGGAGUAUGACGUCGUUGAAAUAUUAUCACGAUUUCAAUUGCGAAGUUGAUAGGUUUAGUUACGCAUUUGGACCAUGCUGGGAACCUGUAAUAUCACAGUGUAACUUAGCUUUUUCGAAAAUCAUAAGUUCGAGUAAAGAUCCGAGUCCUCCUUUGCCAUUUUGGGAUAAAAUUCGUUUAAUUUAUCAUGGCAGAUUGACGAUGUGUAUUCGUCAAUUGACCUUCUUAUUGCAUGCUUCUUUAGACCCUUAUAAUACGACUGAAGAGAUGGAAGUGACUUGGAAUGAUCUCGUUAUGGAUUGGACAAACGCUAAGUUCAUUUUCAAAGGCAACCUCGAAGUAUACGUAAGGACAGCUUCGAAAUACGACGAUUGCAGAUUACUUUACUUACCGAAUUUGAAAUUAACCAUGAAAUUGAAAUGGAAUUGUAACGGCGAUAUUAAUGAUCAUCAUUCCGUUAUGCCCUGCGCUCCUGAUAAACUACCCGAAUACUCGAGUAACCAAGAACACGACUCGUUUCGAGCUUUUCGUUCGCAAAACGUAAAUCUUACAUUGAACUUGGAAACUAAACCCUCUGGAAAUGCUAUUCGAGCUUCAGAGUGUCCGGUUGCCUCGUUAUUCAGCAGCACAUUGAGAUGGUUCGAGAGCUUGAAACUAAUUUUAUCUGGAGUUACCAGACCGACCAGAAGAGGACUUGUGUUUAAUAACCUACGUCCUAGGAAAUUAUCGCUGAAUAGGCAUUAUAAAAAAGUCAACUUAUAUUUUUCAUUGCAUCGGUUCCAAGUUCAUUAUUGGAUGUCAUUUUCUAGACAGCGUGGCUUGGAAUUGGUUGGACAGAAGUUCACUUUUGGAUCAGAAUACUCGUUGAACUUGGUGGCCAUUGAUGAUGGAUUACGUCAUAGACCAAGAGCUAUGUGGUCCAUAUCGUAUAUGAAUUGCGAACUCAACGACGCCGAGGUUUGGCUCAAAAGUGCUUUACAAAUCGAAGAUAAAAAAGAACAAACCCUACACCUGCAACAACCAGUUGAAAAAUGCUAUUUUCUGAGCGUUAGUAAAGUACGUUAUGGCAGAGAACCAGCUUUACCUAAUUCGUUGGCUAGUUUUGGACCAAAUCGUCAAACCAGUAAAGAUGACACACCAACUCAUCGACUCGAAGUCGUACUUUUAAAAGGCGCUUGGACGCCGAGAAAUCGCGAUAUUAUUUUCGCCUUGUACGAUUCGUUUAGAAAAACUCAACAAUUGAAGAAAAAUUUAUCAACGGCUGCUUUGAAAGGAUUCCGAUGUCCAGACUCGUCGACCACACCGAUUAAAACUAGAAGUCGUAGUAUUGAAAGCCAGGUUCCUCCAGGAUCUCCCAUCCAACCUCAAAAUCCAUCUGUUAUGGUGCAAGAGACACCUUCACCUAUGAGUAAAUUGCAAUCUGGUCACGCGGCCUCCAUGCUUCAACAAUUAAUCGCCGAAGCGGAAAAUAAAGCAGUUGUGUUUAGCGACGAUUUAUCAGUCCAAAUGAGAGAACAAUAUCUACAAGGACUGGCCUCCUGUCAAGAAGAUGACGUCGUACAUAAGAAUUGGUCAAUUAAUUUAGUCAACAGUCAGGUUUUAUUGAAAGGUUGUGAGACGAAAGGGUACGUUAUUAUGAGCACAGCUAAGGCAGAAAUUUUGAAGAAAAUACAUCGCCCUGUAUGGAAAGAUAGAACUCUUGUUUCAAAAACUAGCUGGGUUGGGUCGUUGGAAUGUAUGCAAUAUUAUGCUACCGUCAGCGCUAAUGAUACUUUAGAUGAAAAUAUAAUGUGGCUUUCUGUGGAUAAUAUACAAGAAAAAGAAGCCGGAUCAACGGUUAUCGCUGAUUUACCAGAUCUGCCGCAUUUAGUAGGUAGUGGCCAAAGUGUUGGUGGAGUUGUCAGCGAAACAGUUGGAGCUGGAGGAAAUGUAAAUGAAAAUUCACCUCUACAGUUGCAACGUAUCGUAUCGAGAUGUAAAUGCGAAUUUUUCUACGCCGGUUACGGUGAAACGAGCUUAGAUCCAAGUAUAUUGGAUGAAGUACCCCCUCCUCCUGCUGAAGACAGCGGUACUCCUUGGGAACGUCAAGAUAAAGCCGUAGAUGCGUUCACUCUUAUGCAUCACGAUUUGGAUGUUUGCACUAAUUCUCUCCAGUACGCAAUGAUCUUGGAUAUUGUUAAUAAUUUAUUAUUGUACGUCGAACCACGCCGUAAAGAAGCUUACGAAAGACUGCAAAGAAUGCGUUUCCAAUUACAAUUGCAAAGUGUUCAAGACCAACGAAAACCAAUCCAACAAUUACAGAAUUUAAUUAGGAGUUUGGUUGCGAAGCUGAAGAGACUCGAAAAAGAAAUAUACCUCGUUCAGAAAACUAUUAUCGAAGAAAACAGCGUAGAUUUAUUUUCAGAAAUAGAACACCUGGAAAGAGAGAUAAACGAAUGUAAAGAACAACUGAACUCCAAUAGCGAAGAACUAGACAUGAUGUUAUCGUGUUACAAAGAGACUCAACUAAUGGCUAGUCAGAAGGUGGAUACGUUGAGAGGUGAUAAACAAAUAAUGGCCGUCCGAACUAGCGAAAUUUGCUUCAAACAUGCGCAAUGGCGAUUGACCGAAGCCGAUGGACAGUUGGGAAUUGCGGAUUUGGUCCUCAGUAAUUUUCUGUAUACCAAGGUAUCCAAGAAUGACGACUCAGUUGAACAUUUAUUAGAACUAGGAUACAUUAGAAUGACUAAUUUGUUAGCAAAUGAGCCUUACAAAGAAGUAAUUUUUCCCACCGAAAUACAGAGCAACAUGCCUGUUGCUAGAAAAAGAGCAGUUCGUAUGUUUUGUCGAGAAAAGGCUCCAGUGGGAGGUAUUUCGGUCAAAGAGCAUUUUGAAAUCAACGUAGUUCCUUUUACAAUAGGCUUGUCUAAAAAAUUCUACGAUACGAUGCUGAAGUUUUGUUUCCCCGAGAGGGAUACGGAUAACAUAGAAGGUGAUGCAUCUGAAGACUCCGAAAGUUCAGGGAGCAGUGGCGGUAAUCCCAGUAAAAGAAAAUUGAAUAGCAACGAAAAGCAAAAAAAAUGGAAAGAAACUAAUUUCUAUGUUCCAAUGAUAAUGAAAGACGACGUAGAAAAAAUGAAGGAAAGAGCCGAGAAAAAUAAAUUAUUCAUUUAUAUCAAAAUCCCAGAAGUGCCAGUCAGAGUGAGUUAUAAAGGAAAUAAAGAAAAAAAUAUCGAAGAUAUUCGUGAUUUUAGUUUGGUAAUACCUACUUUGGAGUACCACAAUGUUACAUGGACUUGGCUAGAUUUAUUCCUAGCUAUGAAAAAUGACAGCAAACAUGUUAUUUUACCUCAGGCAAUAAAACAAAAAUUACAAAUCAAAGUGAGAACGGGAUCUUGCGAAGAAGGAUCCUCUCCCCAGGAAGAAGAUAAGGCGAAAUUACUCUUCGGCACUAGAGUGAUGCCUAAUGAACCAAAAGGUACCAAAAAAACAGGGAUUUUUAAAUUACCGAAAUAAACAUAUUUAUCCCAUCAUACUUAAGCUGCACAAAACGUUUAUUUACCAUCUACUGAUUAUCACCGGUAUCUUUAUUAUUUUAUGUUCGUGUUGAAUGCGAAUUUUUUAUUCCGUCGCGAAAUUUACGUUAGGCCGAACGAAUUCAUUACCACUAAUUUUUAUCGUUAUUGUAAACGCUGCUGGAACGGCAACUUUCAAGGGAAAAAGUCAUUGAAACCUGAUUUUUUUUGAACUGUGUCAAUUUUUUUUCAUGUUUUUAAGAAACAGAGAAUGUAUUGGAAUAUUCAGCCAGUUUUUAAAUUACUUAGUAUUUAUUUGAAUGAAAUCAUCUUUUUAUAAAAUAUAUUUGUUCACUGUG